UUCACAUGUUCUGUAACAAGAUCGGAGCUUCGAGGGCAGCAGGAUGACCCAGGAGGAGUUGGUUUAAGGCUGACCUGAUCAUCUUUAGCAAUUGCAGUAACCGCUCGCUCUACAUAUAACUCUCAGUUAGAAGGCGCCAAACGCUGCUCUGUGGGGAGGGAAAAGGAACAGUCGGAGAUCUUGAAGUGCUCUUUAAGCAUCCUGAAAUUUCCAGGGAAUGAAUUUAUAAUGCCUGCAGGAUGUGAAAUUCUGGUGUACCUCUGUCUUCUGCCCCACAGCUUGAAACAGCAAUCCAGUUCAUCUCCUUUGCCCCUAUGAGAAUCUUGGACUCUUUUCCUCAAAAGCCCAGAAUGGCAGUGGAUGUAGCUAUGCAACUUUACCUGCGAGCGCCCUCUUUGCGGAAAGAGAGCUUUGCCUACAAAAUAGCCCCAAAGAUCAAGUCGCCUUUGCGACCCUGCAUCCAUGUAAACAGCAGCCCCAUGCUGAACGAGCUGGGGUCAGAGGUCCAAGCUCUUCAGGGGAACAGGGCGAAGAAAAGGGUUUCUUUUGCAGACAGCCGGGGCUUGGCUCUGACAGUGGUGAAAGUGUUCUCAGAAUUUGAUGACCCCUUGGAUAUUCCCUUGAACAUCACAGAACUGAUAGACAACAUUGUGGGCCUGACCACGGUGGAUCAUGAUGACUUUGUCUUGGAUUUCGUACAGCCUUCUGCAGAUUACUUGGACUUCCGGAAUCGCCUCCAGGCAGACUGUGUUUGUCUUGAGAACUGCAUGUUGAAAGAUAAAGCUAUUGUGGGUACAGUGAAAGUCAGGAAUCUGGCAUUUGAGAAGGCCGUCAAGAUUCGGAUGACCUUUGAUACUUGGAAAACCUUCACGGAUCACCCAUGCCAAUACGUGAAGGACACCUAUGCCAGUUCUGAUAAGGAUACAUUCUCCUUUGAUGUUAGCUUGCCAGAGCGGGUUCAAGCCCAUGAAAGAAUCGAGUUUGCAGUGUGUUAUGAAUGUGAUGGCAAAGUCUACUGGGAUAGCAACAAGGGGUUCAAUUACAGGAUCAUACGCUCUGAACUCAAAUCGGCUCGAGAGAUUUCGCAGCCUUGUAGUGAGCCAGAUUUUGGGAUUGCCUUUGAUCAGUUUGGAAGCCCCCGGUGUUCUUAUGGUUUAUUUCCUGAAUGGCCUAGCUAUUCCGGAUAUGAAAAACUUGGCCCUUAUUACUAAAUCAGAGCCUCGGGAUUAUAUUUACUGCACAAGAAUGAAGAAACAGAGAUAGAAAACCCUCUUGGGAAGGUGGCUGCAGAGUCAGAGUAGGCAAAAGAACUGAAGUUUGUAUUAACAGAAUGGAAACAAAGAGAAACGUGAAAAUUCCUGGCUGCAAAGGUUUUUAGGGCAGAUGCUGUCUUCAUGUUCCUUUGAAUUUAAACAAAAGGAGAUGGUCUCCUGUGACAUGGCUGCCACAGAUCGAAUUCAGCACUUGGUGCUGUCGUUUGGGCAAUUUGGUUUCUGGGCUUUUGAGAUACAUUACAGUAUUGUGAGCUGUGCAAGAACAGAUCCCCCCCCCUUUUUUUUCUGUAUUCUGGAAUCAAACUUGCUAUGCACCUUUCUGAUAAAACCAACUUUCUGAGAAAAAACAAGAUGCAGGGAUGAGCUAAGCGGUCUUCCUCCUCCUCUCUUAAUCAGAUUGUACAAUCUGUGAGAGGCUGAGAGUCCCAAAUGGAAAAGACUGUAAUUUUAGCUCAAAUGAUCCUUUGCUUCCUUCCAUUUUAGGAAUUGCCUUGUUUCUGGGAAGAUUCCAAAAUGCUUACUCACCAUUCUGCCUGUAUCUCUUUUCCUAAACACAUAUGUACAUUUCUUUCAGUGGCUAAACCAGACAAGCCCUAUGUAGCCUAGUCACAUAAUCCACCCUUAACCAACCUGGUGCCCUCAGGGUGUGCCAGACUUUAGUUCCUAUGAUCUCCAGGCGGAACAGUCAGUGGCCUGGAGAAGGCUGAUGGAGCAUUUUAGCUUCCACAAUAAGUAAUAAUUUUAUUUAGAUGGUUUUAUUUAUCUCCCUCCUCCCUCCUUUAUUAAGUGGUGAUGGACUGUUAAGAAUAAAAUUGUUUUUAAGUCUUAACUCCUCAUGACACCAUCUUAUUUACAUUUAAUUUUGUUGGGGCCUGCUGGGCUUAAGUCAUCUGGGUGAAGAACAUUUUAAAAUUUCAUUUUGUUUCAUGAAUUUUAUAAAAUGCCUAUAAAUUGAAUGUUACUGACAUAAAUAAGAUAUCAUGUCAAAUAAUGGAUACCCACUCAGUCGAGUUGUCGGUUGUCCUCAACGCUUAUGCUCAGAAGUAAUUUAACUCAGUGGUAGAACAGACAUUUUGAAGUCAGACACAAGAAUGCUUGAUCUCUCUAGAGUUAUUAAUACUUGGUAUCAGGCUUUCAACAGUAGGCUGGACUAGAACCAAUUAAUAAAUCAAUUGUUUAUUACUGCAUAAAGAAAGUGGGCUCCAGUCCAUAGAAAACACACCAAAGUCUAAAAAAAUAAUUACUAUAUGAAGCUGAAAGACAUAAAACGAAGUAUAUGCAUAAAAACAACAAAUGUUUUAGCAGAGUUAAUAUCUGAAAGAAGUAGGAAGAUGUAGGAUUGUCCUCUAUGCCCUGGGUAUUUAUGCAAUGAUGGCAAGAUGAGCCUAGUGGGAAUGUCUCUGUAGUAGAGACACUGGAGGAGUAUGUGCUCUGUUGUUUCUGUGUGUCCAGAUUCACAGGGGCAGUCUCUCUGAGUAGGGGAUCUUCUGGUGUUGGCCUUCAAUGGCAGCUGAAGUGAGGGCAGAACAUUGUGGCAGCGUGAAUUAAACAGCCAUUCAAGAAUCCAGGAGUUUUAUUAUAGAAAAACUAAAAGCCAGUAGGAAUGAAUUCCAGUGAUUACUAUGUGUCAAACAUGAGUCCUUUUAAUAAUGAAAUCAGUGUUCAAAUUAUUGUCAGUUUCUCCUGACUGAACUAUGCAAUGGGCUAGAUUGCCCUUUCUUUUGACAGAUAUCCUGAUCUUUUCUUUGUUAAUGGGCAUAUGUAGUAUGAAAUGAAAUAUCAAUUUCCUAGGUUCCUGAACUCUGGUAAAGUUGAGAGGGAAAGAUGGUUAACCAAAAACGGUAAAUCAUUCCCUGCAGGCAGAGCAAAACAAUCCAAAAUGUUGCUUCAGCUUCAUAAAUUUAUCACUAUUUUCUUUUCCGAAAUAUUUCCCCCUAUUGGCAAAAACUGUAGUAACUACAGGGGACACCCAUGUUUUAUCAUUUAUUGGGGCCAAUCCUUCUUUGGUUCUUGUUUAAUACUAAAGAAAGCCAUUUAGACUUUCCACCUUGGAUUAUAAAUCCAACUGACUAGAAAUUUAACUCUUUUCAGUGCUUGUUUGUAGUUAUCUAUAACAAAAUGGUGAAAUUACUUGAAAGCUCAAAGAUAUACUUACUAGAGUUUCAUAACUCAACCUUAAAGCAAAUCAGUUGUUCUGGUCCCAAUCAAUGGUGGUGAUUGAAUAAGUAGCCCCAUAAAUAGUUUUGCUGAAUGUGAAAUAGAACUGAGAAUUUUAGAUUUAGUAUCUAAAUAUUCAGAUGAAGUUCUUAUGUUCCCUGUUCUGUCUGAAAAAAAUCUUCAUUUGGAAAGGAGUUCAUGCAGGCUCCUAUGCAAUUUUGGGAAAGCAGCAGUGACCAAGCUUGAUUACUUAGCAUGAUGCAAGAGCCUUGCCCUGGAAUGUUAGCUUGUGGUUAAAAAUGGAGAAAGUCUGUCAACAUGCCACAGCUUGUUUCUUAACUCUCAGCAUUUCCUUAACUAUAAUGAGUCCUGUCAUUUCAUUUGCAUGCCUUCAACUUGAAUUAAGACUUGGCACUGGACCCAUUAGAAACUGUGUAUUAGAAACUUCAGCACAAAUACCCAAUUGGUCUUAGUUAUUGCUGCUUUAAAAAAUUUUUAACAAAAAUUGUAGAUGGUGUGAUCAGCAGUUGCAAGCCUGUUAUGAUAAAGCUGGACUUGACUUCUACUACGUGCCAUGGGUCUCUUUUCCCACUGCUAUUUGAAAAGUGAGAGCGUGGCUUCUUUCGCAAUGGGGUUUAUUCUGAGGAAAAGGAUUUUGGGGCUGAGCCACUCUGAUGUGUUGACUAAUGCUUUCUGUGAAGAGAAACUGAACCCUCUGGUUAGUUAUGUGAUGGGGAAAAAAUCAUUUAUUUUUUAUUUCCCCAAGAAACAACCAGUAAUAAAAUGCACACAUUAACUGCUGCUUUAACUUAAAUAGCAAGAUGUUAAAAACCAUUUGGAAGUGAAGCCACUGAACACAGCAGUAUAUAUGUUCAAAAGAAAUAUGUAUCAUAAGCUUUCUCUUCUUGAAGGCCUCCAGAUGCUGCAGGAGAUGAUAGGAUGGUUGUCUGGAGGGUCUGGGAGGGCUUGAGAAACAGAAGGCUAAUGUGUAAAUUUGUAGUUAGAAAGUAGAAAAUUAGUUUAAAUUACAAGUUUGGGAUUGCAAGUGGGAAGGUUACUAUAGACUACAAGAAAUGUUUUAAUCCUUGUGUAUAUUCAAGAAAUAAUCUCCCAAAGUCAUGUGCAAAAUCCGUUCCUUCAUGCAACUCCUCAAUAAAAUUGCAAAUCAGCUGUUCACAACUGCCUUUCAUGUUGAAUUAACAUGCCAGUAGAAAAAAAUCAAGCUGGGGAAACUUAAAUGCAUUAUCCUUAAUCUUCUGAUCAGGACUAUAUGUGGCCCUAUUUAGAGAAGGUUUCUUCCUGUAAGCCUUGAAACAUGCCACAUGUUUAUAAAUCUAGAUCCUACUCACAUGGUCCAUCCCUCUAUUAAUCCUUCAUAUUUCCACCCUGUCUAGGGAUUUGAUAUAGGACUGAAACAUCUCAAGUAACAAUAUUAAACUGGAGAACUCUGGACAAAUCGAACAUACACCAGUUGAAUUGUUUCAGUCCAAAAGUCUGUAUUCUCUAUAUCCCAUAACUCAACCUUCCAAAGGCCUUAUGCUAGGCUGUAAUGGCUUCCUCUGAUGGUAUGUAAAACUAUCCUAAAGGUUUCCAAGAAAGUAGAUCAAAGUAUCAAACAUCAUGCCAAAGGGGCAAGGACACAAUUUGCUGAACCCAGAGGUGCAAAACCGGAGUUUCAUAAUCUGAAUGUUCCUCUGAUUGAAUUUUUAAAACAUGAGUAAUUUUAAUUAUAACUAGUGCAUCACUGCACAAAGUCAUAGAAGUUUGCUUGAUUUGGCUUUGUUUUGUGGAUGGCCAUCGGGUUUGUAAAGCCAUGGCUUAUUGAGUCACACAUGAAUCCAAAUAAUUGGCUUCUUUAGCAGCUCUUGCUUAUUGUGAUAUGACUAGAGAGAAAAAAAAAUUACUUGACAGUGUGAAAUGCAUACCCAGGAUGGCUAUAAAAAUGCACUUUUAUUUCAGUCUUCUUUCCAAAUUUCAAAGCUAACUUCUUGGACUUUUGUGUUUUUCUUGCCUGUAUGAAUGUAAUGAGGAAUAGUCCAUUUUUUUGCUUCAGGAUGCCUUGCAUGUUGUUAAAUAUAUUUUUUACACAACUGAAAAAUGCACUUUACAAUCACAAUGGAUUUAUUUUGUGUAGUGUUUUUUGAAAUGUUUUUAUCUGAGAGCAAAUAAUAAACUGUUACAAAUAAAACGUC